CGAGCUCAGUUCGCGCAGUAACAAAUGAAGUGCGCGCAGCGCCACCUCCCAGCUCGCCAGGCUCGGCCGCCAUUUCUUCGCCGGGCCUAACGGUCCGGCCAAUCCCAGCGUGCAUCGAGGAGGCCUAAGGCUCCACCAAUCGCAGGCCGCCGAUUCCGACCCUCUUGCCUUGGCUCGGCCCAAUCCAGGCCUCGGACCCGUCGCCCCCGGCCCGCCCCCGCGGCGCCCUCUCUCCUCCCUCUUUGUGCGUCUCGCGCCGCCGCCGCCCGCCGCGUGAGAGGACGGGCUCGGCGCGCUCCGCGGCAGCGCAGUCGGGUCCCCUCCCCCCGGAAGGUUCGCGAAGAAGAAGAAGCCGCCGCCGCCGCCUAAAAGGAGCCGCCAGUGCCGGUCCCCGGGGGCGCCAUGGCGACCGGAGCGAACGCCACGCCGCUGGGUAAGCUGGGCCCCCCCGGCCUCCCCCCCCUUUCCGGGCCCAAAGGGGGCUUCGAGCCGGGGCCACCGCCUGCUCCCGGGCCUGGGGCGGGGCUGCUGGUGCCCGGGCCGCCGCCACCCCCGCCCGUGGGCUCGGUGGGGGCCUUGACCGCGGCCUUCCCCUUCGCGGCGCUGCCGCCGCCGCCACCGCCGCCGCCCCCGCCUCCCCAGCAGCCGCCGCCGCCGCCGCCCUCCCCGGGCUCCUCGUACCCGCCGUCGCAGCCUCCCCCUCCGCCGCCGCUCUACCAGCGCGUGUCGCCGCCGCAGCCGCCGCCACCCCAGCCGCCCCGUCAGGACCAGCAGCCGGGCCCGGCCGGCGGCGGAGGAGACUUCCCAAGUAAGAAGCGAAAGAGGAGCCGCUGGAACCAAGAUACCAUGGAACAGAAGACAGUGAUUCCAGGAAUGCCGACAGUCAUCCCCCCUGGACUUACUCGGGAACAAGAAAGAGCUUAUAUAGUGCAACUGCAGAUAGAAGACCUGACUCGUAAACUGCGCACAGGAGACCUGGGCAUCCCCCCUAACCCUGAGGACAGGUCCCCUUCCCCUGAGCCCAUCUACAAUAGUGAGGGGAAGCGGCUUAACACCCGCGAGUUCCGCACCCGCAAAAAGCUUGAAGAGGAGCGACACAACCUCAUCACCGAGAUGGUUGCCCUCAACCCUGAUUUCAAGCCACCUGCAGAUUACAAACCUCCAGCAACACGGGUGAGCGAUAAAGUAAUGAUUCCACAAGAUGAAUAUCCAGAAAUCAACUUUGUGGGGCUGCUGAUUGGGCCCAGAGGGAACACCUUGAAAAACAUAGAGAAGGAGUGUAAUGCCAAGAUUAUGAUCCGAGGGAAAGGGUCUGUCAAAGAAGGGAAAGUUGGCCGAAAGGAUGGCCAGAUGCUGCCUGGAGAAGACGAGCCGCUUCAUGCCCUAGUUACUGCCAACACCAUGGAGAAUGUGAAGAAAGCUGUGGAGCAGAUAAGAAACAUCCUGAAGCAGGGUAUCGAGACCCCUGAGGACCAGAAUGAUCUACGGAAGAUGCAGCUUCGGGAGUUGGCUCGCUUGAAUGGGACCCUUCGGGAAGAUGAUAAUAGAAUCUUAAGACCCUGGCAGAGCUCAGAGACACGCAGCAUUACCAACACCACAGUGUGUACCAAGUGUGGAGGGGCUGGACACAUUGCUUCGGAUUGCAAAUUCCAAAGGCCUGGUGACCCCCAGUCAGCUCAGGAUAAAGCACGGAUGGAUAAAGAAUAUUUGUCCCUCAUGGCCGAGCUGGGCGAAGCGCCCGUGCCAGCAUCCGUGGGCUCCUCCUCUGGGCCCGCCACCACGCCCCUGGCCAGUGCACCCCGGCCUGCUGCUCCUGCCAACAACCCACCGCCUCCGUCUCUCAUGUCCACCACCCAGAGCCGCCCACCCUGGAUGAAUUCCGGUCCUUCAGAAAGUCGGCCAUACCAUGGCAUGCACGGAGGUGGUCCUGGUGGGCCUGGAGGUGGCCCCCACAGCUUCCCACACCCGUUACCCAGCCUGACAGGUGGGCACGGUGGACAUCCCAUGCAGCACAACCCUAACGGACCCCCACCCCCUUGGAUGCAGCCGCCUCCACCACCGAUGAACCAGGGCCCCCACCCACCUGGGCAUCAUGGCCCUCCUCCAAUGGAUCAGUACCUGGGAAGUACGCCUGUGGGCUCUGGGGUCUAUCGCCUGCAUCAAGGAAAAGGUAUGAUGCCGCCGCCGCCUAUGGGCAUGAUGCCGCCGCCGCCGCCGCCUCCCAGUGGGCAGCCCCCGCCCCCUCCCUCUGGUCCUCUUCCCCCAUGGCAGCAGCAGCAGCAGCAGCCUCCGCCACCCCCUCCGCCCAGCAGCAGUAUGGCUUCCAGUACCCCCUUGCCAUGGCAGCAAAGAUCCCUCCCCGCAGCGGCGAUGGCCCGAGCCAUGAGAGUGAGGACUUUCCGCGCCCAUUGGUGACCCUUCCAGGCAGACAGCCUCAGCAGCGCCCCUGGUGGACAGGAUGGUUCGGCAAAGCAGCCUGAGUUAUUUUUGUGGAUGGAUUCGGAACACGCUGGCUCCAUAUCGUGAAAUUUUUAUUAAUUUUUUUCUUUUUCCUUUGUUGUUUCCUUAUCUCUUACUUUCUUCAGACUCCGUCCAAGGAGAUGCUCUUCCCCGAUCUUCUGCUGCAAUUAGAUUCCUUUCCUUUUUCUCCAUUCCUUGUUCUUCUCUUCCCAAGGAGAGGAGGGAGCAAAUGGUUUUAGGCGCAAGCUUUGGCCAUUAAUGUCAGUCUGUUUGUGGGGGGAGAGGGGCCUUUGGUUCUAAGAUUUUCAAGGUUGCCAUGACCACCCCAGAGUUGUUGAUUUUUGUUUUUUGUUUUUUUGUAGUGUAACAUUUUGUCUUUGCCACCUUUAUAGGGUAGUGGGUUAAUUUCCAGGUCCGGGGCCGAAACCCAUCCUGGCACCCCUGCCAGUGAUAGGUGGGGCCACCUAAGCCACUUCAGGCUUGUCUGCCAUCCUGGAGAGUCCUUUCCGUGCUCCUUGAGCACCUGAGCUGCCUCAGAUUCCAUUUGUUCUUCUCCUUCCUGGAAGGUUUCCUUUCAAAUUUUAUUUUAAUCCCAAACGUCUGAAUGUUUUGCAGUGUCUAGGGGUUCGAGCCCCUUGUUUUUCGUUCUGCUUUUUUCUUCCCUUCCCUCUUCGUGGAGUGAUUAUGUUGACAAGAAUGUAUAACGCGCGUUCUCCUCACUGGUUUAUCUGCAGAAAUUUCUCUGGGCUUUUUUUUUUCGGUGUAUGAUUCAACACUGCGUUAAAGGGGGAUGUUCCAUUGAAUAAAAGAGCAGUGUGGUUUUCUGGG